AUGAAACGCCCACGGCCCCAACUGAAUGGACAUCUGGGAAGUAGCUGUGGCGUGGAUAACGUCACAAAUAGCGGCACUGACUCAGAUGAACAGCGUGACGCUACUUAUGAGACGGAUUUGACCGAGUCGGACGAUACCCCGAGCCCACAAAAACGUUUUCUGGCGGAUGAAAGCCACCCGGCUUUAGAAUCAAGAGAACCUGAUGACGCGGGAGAAUUCUACGACGACCCGCUUGAUGAUACUGGGAUCGACCUGUUCGAGAUCCCCGAAGAUUUUGAUAAGGCAGAAGGAACAAUCUUGCGGCGAGAGCGGAUUGAAACCCGCUGGAAACGGUACUGUGACAGCAGAACACGUUUGGAGCCUGAGAUUCCAAAAUGGCGGGAACCUGAGGAGGCUCUGCGCCAGGCAUCAAACAACGACAUGUACCGUUUCUUAGGCUGGUGUCUUCAACUCCAGCGAGGAAAAAAGGGUCGACAAUUGAAAGGCAUCAACAAGUCCAGCUCAUUAGAGACGGAUUGGGAGGAACCUUCGAGGAUAUUACCAGAAGGCAUCAAAUAUCUAGUCCAAGAGAACGGGCUAGACACCCAACCUGGAAAGAAGACGCCGGUUUAUAUCGAGGAUAUUGGUCCAUUUAAUGAAACCAUCCUGUCUACGCAAGAAAAGAAGUUCUAUCUUGGGUUCCAGCGUAUCCAAGUGUGCCUGUUCAAUUCCCUGGGUCUGUUCACCGUUCAUCGGAGAAACGCGCUACUGAGUCUUCAGUUCAAGGAUCUUCAAAUUUCCCUCCAGAAGGAUCCUCGCGGUGGACCUCCGAUUCCUCUGAUUGAACUCACCGUAGAGGGGACAAAAAAGUUUCUCAGGCAAACUAAAUUGACAACAUUUGCACUCCCGGAAGUGAUCUACGGGCCAUCAUUAGUGUUCUGCCCGCAUACGUUACUGUUUGGGAUUCUCUUCCAUGCUCGAGCGUUCCGGAACCCAAACUUGACCUCAAAGACCCAGCUGCGCAAACUCUUCAUUAGCAAAGGCUGCGAGCAGCUCCUUGUACCUUUAGACCGGGACAAAGCUAAUUGGUAUCUAUUCUGCAAAACUGAAUUAGUCAAAGGGGUUCCGACUUUUCACUGGACCCAGCAGAUGUCAAAGACAACGAUGUCGAACACGCUGGUCACUUUUGGGGAGAUCCGCGGCUGGAAAGGGGCGUUUCAUGCGCAUCAGUUCCGAUAUGGAAGCGGUAAGGUGAUCAAUGAGAGUGGGUGGGUCAGCAAGGAACAACACAUGUUAAUCAUGAAGCAUGCCAGCCCUCGGACCUUUCUUAAUCAUUAUCACCCAUUGCAACUUGACACAGAUAUGAUCCGGGUUAUCUGUGGCCUUGACCCGGAUGUGGAACUGAUGCGGGCUGUUACCCGGCAGAGUCAUUGGAGAGACAUACGGCGGCCACGGUAUCUGACCAAGCAGCAGAGGGACCAGAUAGAGGAUCAUCCAGACCUGGAAAGGGCCCGCCGCAAUCUACACAACGCUCGCGCCUGUUACAAGGAGUCCCAGCAAGCAAGCUUACUGAAUUGUAUCCGCCAACGACAGAAAGAAUUGAAGAACACGCGACAACGGCUGUUGAGGGCCUUACGGCAUCAACAAGCGUUUUUGGAUAUUGAGGCACAGUUGUCCAAUACCGCAGUAAAGGAUGAAAGCAAGGACGAACAAUCAUCUUUACAGGAUGGUAUGCAUCCUCUUCAGUUACUCCUUCUUCAGCGACUCCUCUCGUACCCGACUUCGAAUUCGGUAGAGGAUGAAUGGAAACGGCAUGAUGACGCGGUGGAUGCUGUUGUGCAGUAUUGUGACGUCCUAGAAGGUGGCCCACUUCGUGGACGGCCAAAGCAGAUUAGGACGACAUCCAUCCCAUCAACAGACCCCGAAUCUGACCUCAACAGCUCGUCCAACCCACGGGCAUGUUUCCAGUGCUUUGCCAAUGAGAAACUACCCGAUAAAACCCGUUGUAGGAUGUUCUAUGACGCUGGCUGCGUGACACGGCACUUUGACGCUUGUCACCUGCAUGAAGGCUCUCUCAAGUGCAAUUAUUGCGAAGUUUUUCUCUUGCAUAAGAUGGAAUUUCAACGGCAUGCAUCUGACAUUCAUCGAGUAGAGAGCCGCUGGCGCGAGAUUUUGUGA